AUGAAGACAGCGGCGCUUCUGCUUGCCUUAGUCUUCUGUCACCUGUCAGUGGCUCAGCUUCAGGACUCUGACGAGAUCAGAGUGAAUGACAUCACUCAGCAGCUAGACUACCAGGGAAGAGAGAGCAGAGCCAAAGAGAUUCCUGCAGAGGAACAGGCAUCCAGCAUCUCCUGUGUGCUGAGAGAGAUGCGAGCUGCAACGGCAGAGCAGAAAGCAGAGCUGACAGCAGUGGGAGCUAAACUGAGAGUCAGGAAUCUUCACAGCACCGGUCAGGGGACUCUACUACUUCCUAUAGGAAUCUUCACAGCACCGGUCAGGGGACUCUACUACUUCAGCUUCUCAGGUCACAACACUUCUUCCAGACCCAUGGGGCUUCUACUGAUGAACAACGGAGAACAGAUGAUUACUGUGUACAACCACAUCUCUGGAAACCGAUAUGAGACCGCAACCAAUGGCAUCUCGCUGCAGCUGAAUGUAGGAGAGCAUGUUUACAUGCAACUUGGGGCCAAUACAUGGAUCUUUGACAAUAGCAAUAACCACAGCACAUUCAUCGGUCAUUUGCUCUUCCGUCUGUGAGGAGAAGGAAGCUCAUUGGUUGAUUUCCAGUCAUGUAAUUGUUCUCAGUAAAGUAGUUCUAAAAACCAAUGUUUAGGGCAUAUUGGUUAAUCAAUGCGGUGAUCAUAUAUGAACACUAUUAAAGUUAUGAAUAUUUAGAGUGGUAAUACAGGUGUACAUAUUAAGCUCAUUCUUGUGUAAUAUAUUUUAUAUGAAACUUGCUGAUUUAAUCCUUUUGUCUCUCAAUAAAAACCUUAACUGUAUAUAUUUAUCCAGAGUGGUGCUGAAAUUAGUCAGCUACACUUUUUAUUACACAACGCUAAAUGUAAAACACUUUGGGCUACAAUGUGUUGUACGAGAAAUGCUAUGCAAAUAAAGUGUAUUAUUGUUAUGA